ACAGAUUGGGUUUAAUGACAGAUAGUAGGAAGUUCAAGAAAAUUAAUUAACAUAGAAGAGAAAACGAAAGUUGAUGAUGUUCUAUUUAAAAUUGUGUUGAAACGAAACAAUGCAAUAUUAUUUAUUGAUUUUGAGUUUAUCUAGUAUAUUUGCAUUUUCUACGGCUCAAUCCUAUGACGACAAAAGAUGUAAAUGUAUAUGUCCCAGUAUAUCGUCUGUGACAAAUAAAACUGAAUCAAAAAAUCAUACAUCCAGAAUUUUGUACAUUACGAAUGUACCUCCAAACAAAUGCAAUUGUGAUGGGGUAAUCCUGCCAAGAAUUGGUCAAGAUAUUGUUGGAAAAGAACAAGAAUUCUGUCCUAGAUGUGAUUGUAAAUAUGAAAACAGAAAUACUACAAUUAUUAAAGUGGUCGUAAUAAUUGUUAUCUGGGUGAUUUCAAUAUUGGUAAUUUACAUGGCCUUUUUAAUAAUAUUGGAUCCUUUGUUGAAUAAGAGAAUCAAAGGAAACUACCAGGAACAUACAAAUGAGGAGGAGAUUCCAUUUUUAGAAAAACAUAAUAAUUGUUUAGAUUCAUCUGCACCAAAUAUAAAAGAUGAGGUAGCGGCCGGAUCAAUGUCGCACAAUAUGAGCGUAAGAGGAAAUGUGUUGAAUAGAGUCGGACACCAACAGGACAAAUGGAAAAGACAAGUUAAAGAGCAGCGAAAAAAUAUUUAUGAUCGUCAUACCAUGUUGAAUUAGCUUGUUGAAACUCCAUUAUUAAUUAUAGAAUAAAUAUUUGUAUUUGUAAA